UCACAAGUGAUUUCGUUAUUAAUUGUGAGUGUAUUGUGUACGCUUGUUGAGUCGUCGAUUCACCUACUGUAUAUUCUCAAUCUCCCUAUUUUGAGGAAAAUUUUUAUCCGCGGAUAAAAACCACAACGUUUGGGGGGAUUUUGAGGAAAAACCCUAAAGUCAGGGGAAAUAUUGGGGUUUUCGUGCCAUUUCCCCAAAAUUCCUCUUUGACCUUGGUCAAGGUCAUUUGACCUCGAGAGUUUCCCCAAAAUACCCCAGAAUUUCCCCAAAGUUGGUAGCUCGGGUUGGGUUCCUCACACUUCAAAGAUUCAACAACUUUUUAGUAGUCUUUCGGAAAAUUAAGAUUUACGAGUUCCAUAUAGAAAAUCCAAUGAUAUAUUCGAUAUUAUAAAUUUAAAGCACAAGGAUCCUUUACUUUUGUUUAAGUCGUGGUUUGAAGAAGCUAUUAAAUGUGAAAAUGUUUUUGAACCUAAUGCAAUGGCUCUCGCAACGUGUAGCAAGCAGUGUAUUCCAAGUGUACGGUUUGUUCUUUUGAAAGAAUUGGACGAAAGUGGAUUCCAUUUUUUCACUAAUUAUAAUAGCAGAAAAGGUCAAGAGCUUGAUAAUAAUCCAUAUGCAAGUCUUGUUUUUUAUUGGGAACCUCUUAAACGUCAGGUACGUGUGGAAGGCGUUGUUUCACGUGCUUCAGAGGUAGAGAAUGAAGAAUAUUUCCAAUCCCGCCCGAAGGCUAGUCAAAUUUCUGCUACAGUUAGUUCACAAAGUGAACCAAUUCCUUGUCGUGAAUUUCUGGACAAAAAGUACGUAGAAUUAGAAAAUGAGUAUGCUGAGAGAGAAAAGCUUCCAAAGCCUUCAAAUUGGGGAGGAUAUAUUCUGUCUCCGAAAUCGAUUGAGUUUUGGCAAGGUCAAACAAACAGACUACAUGAUCGUAUUAGAUUUCGUCGUUGUGAUCAAAUUCCAGAAAUAAAUGGAUCUGACCUAGUACAUGUUGGAGAAAAUGGUUGGGUAUACGAACGACUAGCUCCAUAG